UUUCGGUGGUGCUCGCAGCUCGAAGCAGCAGCAGCAGCGUUUUGUGUGCAUUUCGCAUUCGCAUAUUCGCAUUCGCAGCAUAAAUUACAGAUAAUACAGAACAGCCCAGGAAACUACGGAAAAACAUAAAUUUCUAGAAAUUUAAUUACGAAAAGUCACAACAAAACGAAGCCGCUCAAAAACAAAACGAAAGAAAAACAGUAAUUCUCAAUAAUAUAUUUUCAUAAUCGAAGAACUGCAGCGGAUGAAGUGCGAAAAAAAGCGGAAAAGUGCAAAAAGUUUGCGGCAUUGAAAACGUUUUUAAUUAUUAUUUACGUUUUGUUUGUGUUUCGUCGAGCAAAUGCACAAAAAAUAACUGUCCAGUGUGCAUAUGUGUGUGUUAGGCAAGUGUCAGUGCGUCGUGAGUGUUGCAAAACGGUUUUUCGACCAGUGAUUGAAAGCCAAAUGUCACUGUGAAAAUGUCUCAACGAGCCAGUUUUAGCAUCAUCGAGACAAACAUUCAACGACCACAACAAAUCCGGCGAAGGCAACAAAAUGCGAGCCAGGCAACAAAUUUUGAACAUUUAACUAUCUAAAUAACAAUAAUAAAAAAUCAAUCAAAUUGAAAAUAAUUUCGCGGAAUUAUAAUAACUCAAUUUAAAAAUGAACUGAAACAAAAACAUUUUCGUAAAGCAACGCAAAAUUCAAAAAUUGGCAACAAAACUUUUUGGUCUUAAAUCAAAUUCGAAAAUAAAAUAAAUCAACAAAAAAGCGAUUUUCGGCAACGCUGCGUACAUCAUACAACAACUUGAAAUUAUCUCAAAACGUCCACACGUGAACAUGUUUUGCAACUAAGAUGAAAGUCUAAAUCAAUGUAAAUUUUAAAAUCAACAAAAGUAAAACCAAAACCGUCAGCAAAAAACCAGCCCAAAGUCAGUUGAGAAACCGAGGGAAAUCUUUUUAGAACAAACGCAAGAAACAGCAAAAAUUUAAGCCACCAAAUUGGUAAACUCUUCAAAAUUAUUGGUUCGGACAUACGCAAUACUAAACACAGCAACACAACAACAACAACAGCAGCAGCCAUAGCAUCUACUACAGUGAUCACUACAGUAAAAGCAACAGCAGAUAAAACGUGUGUGUUAGUUUGCAUAAAAAUUUCGUUUCGAUAAAAAAGCAACGCAAAAAUAUUUAACAAAAAAAGUAAUCGUAAUACAUGUAUUUAUAAAAUAUAUAUAUAUACCUAUACAUAUAUCUAUGCUUACAAAUUAUAUCGAAGAAUAUUUGGUAAACAUUUUUUGAUAAAAACAAAUCGAGUAAAUACUAAAUAAUUAGCAACAAAACAAAAAUCAAGUAAAAAACUAAAACGUUUUGGACGAAGUGAAAAAGUGCAAGUGAGAUAAAAUAACACAAAAAACUUAUAAAUUCAAAAUUACCACUUGUGAAAGGGUUUACGACUGAAGAUUCUGGAUUUGGAUUAAUGCGAAAAUUUGCAAUUGAAUAUUAAGCAUUUGGCGUGUUCGGAUUCGGAUUCAGUUUUGAGAUUCGGUGCUCUCACAGUUUCUGGUUAAAUUUCUAUGCCAACGCCAAUAAGUCAGUUAUCAGCAACGAUAGUGGAAGUGGAAGUGAUUAGAAAACCGGAAGAAUUCGCAACGAAAUCGGCGAACGUAACGAGAACGACACACAAGAAAUUAACUAAACAAUUGCAAAAUUCCCUUUGGCUAAGGAUUUGCAGCGGCCGAAUUGCUUUUAUGCUCUGCUGGCAGCUACAAAAUUCCACGAAAUUCCAUUUUGGCAACACGAAAACAAACAAAUCAAUUCGCAGCACUACUGAAAGCGGACAUCAUCACCAUCAGCAGGAGCAGCAGCAGCAGCAGCAGCAGCAGAAGAAACAUCCACAUCAGUACACAAAAAUCAUUGGCGAAAAUCGUAAACAACGCUGUCGUCCUUGUCGCCGUUCUGGCGCCGCACAAACAAUUGGGUUCCUGAAAGUUAAGAACACCGAUACGGAUAUCGAUACGGCCACGGAUCGGGACAAAGGUAUAGCCAUAGAUACAGGCGCGGCGACGGAGGACGCAAAACUGCUGGCAAAAUGGAUCCACAGCAGCAGUUCUGCCUCAAGUGGAACAGUUAUUCGUCGAACUUGGCAAUAACAUUCUCCAAUCUGUUCAAAUCGGAUCUGCUGGCCGAUGUCACACUGUCCUGCGAUGGCGCAGUCUUCAAAGCACACAAACUUAUAUUGGCGGCCUGUUCGAAGAAGUUCGCCGACCUGUUCGAGAACACGCCCACAAAUGGCCAGUGCGUCAUCAUACUGGAGGCGACCACGCCGGAUAACAUGGCCGCUCUCCUGGAGUUCAUGUACAAGGGCGAGGUCCACGUCUCCCAGGAGGCACUCAACAGUUUCCUCAAGUCUGCGGAGAGCUUGCAGGUCAAAGGUCUGUCCACGGAAACAGGACGUCUGGCGGCACAGCAGGCACAACAACACAUGGGCGACCUUUCGCCACUGGACUCGCCGACGGGCAGGCGGAGCAUAAGAAACAGCCUGAGCGGUGGCAACAGCAGCAUCGUUCCCGGCGGAGGAGUGGGAAUCGGUCUGGGAGGUGGCGUGUCGGGUGCGAACUCUAUGCCAGGCAUGGGCAUCGGCAACGGAUUGAGCUUGGCCGGCAUGGCCGCUGCCGGAGGAAUGGCGGCGGCUGCCAAUGCGGCGGCCAGCAGUCUGAGUACCCUGGCGGCCAGUGCGAAUAUCGUGGACAGAUGCGGCAGUGCCGGUGGCAACAUCAUCGGCGGAACGGCGGCCGGCAUUGGUGGCUCCCACAGUGGAGGUGGUGGAGCGGGUAAUGGCGGAGGAGCAGGAGGAGGUGCAGGACUGGGAGGCAAUGGUGUAGGCAGUGGUAAUGGCGGCGGUAACAACGGACCCAUAAGCCUGGGAAGCGGCGCUGGCGCUGCUCACCAUCUAGGCGGAUCCAGCGGUAUCCUGAAGCAAGAGUGCGACUCAAUGAUGCAUCCGGGCAGCAGCAGUUCCUCAUCCGGAAUGGGCUACACCCAUGUGCCGCCCAUCUACCGACCCAUCAACUACGAACCACCGCGCAAGAGGGCAAUAGUCCGUAGCCCGUACUCCGAGCAGGAGCAGCGCGGUUCCGUGCUGCGAGAUGGCUCCAAGUCCUCCGAGUGUCCCAGCCCCAUCAACAAGCCGCCGUACCACCGACCCUCGUCCAGCGCCUCCUCCACGGCGCCCACCGAGGCCGACACCAUGCACUCAGAACGCGCAUCGCCACAGUCCAGUCGCUACGAGAACCACAGUCCCAGCACCACAGCAGGAAAUGGUAAUGCCAACAGUGGCUUGGAUCGCAUUGUGAAAUCGGAGCGCAAUAAUGGCAGUGCAAAUGAGGCUAAUGAUGACGACCGCGAGCUUAUGGAUGAGUCCACAGAUAACGGAGCCGAGGACCUGCGCGUGAAGCUGGAGAACUUGAAGUACUCACCGCCACCGCCGCCGAACUCGAACACCUCGUCGACCACACCGAACGCUCUGCUGGAUAACCUCAAGGCGGACGGCACGCUGUCCAGUAACUUGGCCGCCUCGAUAGCACCGGCGGACAUGUUGAACGUAUGGAACGCGACCAAGAUGAACAACAAGAACAGCGUGAACACGGCCGAUGGCAAGAAGUUGAAGUGUCUGUACUGCGACCGACUGUACGGCUAUGAGACGAACCUGCGUGCACACAUCCGGCAGCGUCAUCAGGGCAUCCGAGUGCCGUGUCCCUUCUGCGAGCGGACCUUCACGCGGAACAACACGGUGCGACGUCACAUUGCGCGGGAGCACAAGCAGGAAAUUGGAUUGGCGGCGGGGGCAACCAUUGCUCCUGCUCACCUGGCAGCAGCGGCGGCAGCAACAGCGGCGGCAACAGCAGCGGCCAGCAAUCAUUCACCAUAGGAAGCAGCCGCAACAGCAGCGGCAUCAGUAGUCAUGAACGCCCACAAGGAGGCGGCAAAGCAGCGCAAACGUAAAUCACUCAAGAUGGCACUCGAGAAGUGCAUGCAGCGACGGGAUGCAAUGGUGGCGGAGACGGUGACCACCACCACGGCGUCGGGGGCAGGAGGAGCAGGAGAUGGGGCAGAGGCAGGGGAGACGGCAGAUGGGGCAGGAUCGGAUGAAGGAGCCGGUGGUUCAGAGGGCACUGAACCGCCGCUCACCUACGAACAGCAGCAGCAGCGAAUGCACCACGAGCUGACGCAGCAGAUCCGAGCGGCCAUGGCGGCGGAACAGGCGGCCGAGGCCAUGGAUUCGACCAUGAACACCACGGUUAAUACCACCACGACGACGGCAACCACCACAACGAACACCACGGGAACCACCAGUGAUGGUUGCAGUGAUGCGGAGGCCAGUGAUGGUAGCGAUCGACCCAUGGAAGUGGACGAAGAUCAGCCGCCGGAACCGCAGCCGGGUUCCGAACUCUUGGUGGUGGAGCCAAAGAUCGAGGUGCUGUCGGAGUCCGAGGACGACGACGAGGACCGACUGCACAUGUCCGAAGCGGAACCGGAUAUCCAGGCGGAAGCCAUUUACGAUCACAUGCCCAACACGCCCACCAGCCCACCACCACACAUCGUACCGCCCAACGAGACGCCCACUCUGACCUCCACGCCCAAGGUCAAUGUGGAGCAAUAGGAUGAGGAGAAAAGAGAUGCUGCCCCCCUGAGAGGAUGCCCCCCAAAGAAGCUGCUUAGGUUUAGGCUAAGAAUAGAUGAAGAUGAUGGAGUGAAAGAUGAGUGAUUUACAAAAAAACGAUUUACGCGCGCAAAGAAGAUGAUAUAUGACUACUGAUGCAACUGCUGUUGCCCUCGGAGACCACCUACCAAGAUAUAAAAACGAAGUCCCAAGAACGGGCAAAUUGAUUACUAUAAUAACUGAUAACAAAGAAUUACUAAUAUGAUAAGGUUUACCACACGAAAACACCAAACACACAAGAACAAACAAUCAGACAGUACAGACGAACACACACGAACAGAAGGCAGAAUUUGAAGACCAACUCUUUGCAGAUUUUUCAUUACAAAUUUGUGUUAAAGCCACAUCACCAACAAUAAUAGUAUAAAUAAUACAAAGUUAAUGCAGCAGAAAACUCAAGACAAAUGCAACACAAUCCAAAAACCAAUAAAUGGCAGCAAACAGAACAUUGAAAUAAAUGCAAUCCGGCUGAAAAAUCGUUUUCAGGGUGCUAAUCAAACAAAAAACACUCGCAACAAUGCAACAAUGAAAAACAAGUUAAAAACUAAAACUAAAUGAAAUAGUAAAAUGCAAAAAGUUUGAACGUUUUUGAUUGGUACCGCCAAAAAAGUGUAGCAAGCAUAUUACAAAGAACAAAACGUUGAGAAUUUGUUUAUUCGUGUGUGUUGAAGGGAGGAGAUCGAUUAGAUCGAUUAGAUUAUUGUCGCAUAUAUUUUUGAUUUCCUAUAGAAACGUCACCAAAACUGCAAGUUGCCUCAAAUCAAACGAAACGAUAAUGCUAAAACAAAAAACUGAAUUUAAUGAAACGUUAAUAACUAUGAUUAAACACUGCAAAAACAAAUAGCUGCAACAAACAAACUACAAAGCAACAAUAGCAACAACAAAACCGCAACCACAAGUACCUGCAAUAAUAAAAUAGUAUAAACAAAAGAAACAAAAUACAGAAUAGAAGAGAAACGCUGAACCUAGGGAGGAGCCAGGAUUCGAGGGUCCUUGGGCAGCCCACACGGUCAAGAUAGGUCCUCACUUUCCCCGAACGUCCGCCCUUUUGUCCGGUUUUUUUGUAAAUAAUUUUAUUAAAUUAAUAAUACGAAAAGGCAAAUUGGGCACGCCGUAGGGCCAAGUGAUGUGACUGCUUUUCCAAGGGGUAACACCAAGGGUUUGAAGAUCUGUGCUCGAGAACAGAAAAAGAUUUGCUUUAAAAACGAGUAACAUUUUUGUUUCGUGAUUUUUCGUACUGUUUUAUGAUUUACUCAUUCAAGUUUAGGCCUCAAAAUUUCAUACAACUGCUUUUCGGCUACAAAAAUGACAAAAUUCAAAUUCAAUUCCAAAUUCAGAAGUUUCUAAAGAAUUAAAAAAACAAUUGGUAAAUUGGGUGCCUAUAAGAAAUAUAUAAUUAAAUGACUACUAGUAAAAUUUUAUAAGCAAAGGAAAAAUAUAUUUAACGAUGUGAGAGAAAAGCAAAUAGCAAAGAAAACGUAAAGUAAAUAUAAUUAUUUUUUAAUUGAAUAAUUCUAGCCAAGUGUGAAACAUGUUAAUUAACAAGCGAAAAUAUUAAGCAAAAACCACUCAAAAACGUUCUCAAAAACUUGAUGGCAACAACAAAAACAAACAACAAACAGCAAUAAUUACAGCAAGAAAACGAAAUUCAAAAUCAAACUUUUGGCACACCUUUGGAAAACAUUUUUCGUACAACAGAAAAUUCACCAAAAAAUCCAAACCACAAAAAUUCAAAAUUCCUUUUUUCGGAUCUUAUAAUUUCGAUGGCUACAAGGGAAAAAUUCCCAAAAAUUCAGAAACCACAAGAAGAAUAAGCUGUAAAAUACUAAACAAAAAAGAAAACAAUUUUGUUGUAAGCGAAAGAGAAGAAAACUAGAAUGGAAAUCUAAGAAAAAUGCAAUGGAAAAUAUUGAGAAAAUUGUAAAUACAUUUAUUAUUACCGCAUGUAUAUCCAUAGCAUAUAUAUGUGUGGCCUCAGUUGUAUAAUGAUAGAACCUAGAUCUAAUAUAUAUAAAUAUGUAUACCUGUGUAAACAUAAACUACUAAGCGCAUAUGUAGGAACACAUUAGGCUCGCCAACAGAGAGAAAGAAGGGUUUUAUUUUAAACUGUCUUAAUUUCUACGUUUUCCGUGCUAGCAAGGCAAUAGAAAGGAUAAUAGCUACAACGUGUGAUCCAGCAUCCAUAGAACCGUAAAAUAGCCAAAAUGUUGAAUAUUAAACUACUUUUAUUAACUGUUGAGAACCACAGAAUACACCCCACACGAAACACAAAGCCGAGUUAAAAUAGAUUUUCUACCCAUAGAAGAUGCAGACUACCAACGUCACCCCGACCCCCCAGUUUGUUCUGUGAUAUCGUUUUGAAGUUGCAAACGAAUAGAGCGUUUUUUCUUCUUCGUUUAGUUCUUUUUCGUUUUAUGAAUAAUUUUUCCUAAUCAAGAAACGACAACUCGAAUUUUAUCUAGCAUUCGUGUUGAGCAGGAGAACAGAAACAAUAGAAAAGAAGCAGCAGCAACCGCAAAAAGCAAUAGUAAUAUUUUAAAAAACCAUUAAAGUCUGGCAAUAUUCAAACCAAACUACCUCUUCACACCCAUGCAGAUUAACCCCUGGUCGCCGGUCCGUUUUUUGCACACCCCCAUCAACGUUCGCUGGAGUCUGAAUUACAUUUUAUUUUUAAGUACGUUGAUGGGGCGCAAAUUCAUGGAUUCGGACCAGGGUCAAGCCAUCAGUCAGUAAUUCAAUCCGUCAGUCAGUGAAUCAAUCAAACAAUAUAAUAUUUAGUAAUCAGGGGUUAUUAAGAUUAACCAUAUAUUUUAAUUGAUAUACUUACUUUUAGUUUACCUUUUAAUUAGUUAUUAGUUUCGGUAUUCGUUUCGUUUUACAAUUAGAGUCUAAUCAAACUCAGGAACUCAUAUACCUCAGGAAAGAACCUACCUCUUUGUUUUUUAAACUUGUUUACACUAUUUUUAUUAUUAUUACGAUUAUAAUUUUUGGUUUGCAUGGGACAAACAAACAAAGAUAAAAAGGACGAGAGGGAACACAAAUGAUGUUUUGUUGUAAUCGAAGAUGCUAUCAAGGAAAGCUUUAGUUCUUAGUUCGAUUAUCGGUUAGUUAGUGGCUAGCAAUUAUGUUUAGUGAGGACUAAUUUUAAAUGUAAAAGACACAAUCACACAUGAACACACAAUAGCAAUAAUGAUGGGAAACCAAAACCAGAUCGAACUGCAAUAGUAAACUGAACUACCUCAAUUAGCCAUAGACUGUGCAGUAACGAGAUGAGCAUGAUAUACCAUAUAGAUUUUUCGAUUUCCCCACAUUCUUUUCUUCUUUUUGUAAAAUGGUGACACAUAUAGAAGCACUCAGAUCCACUGAACAAUCUUUUUUUUGUAAGAAGGGAUAAACCCAUUAAAGAUUUUCUUUUAGACGUUUUCAUGUACAUAAAUAUGCGCUAGACACACAGAGCCCACGAAAUUCAGACAAAACAAAAACAUCUAAUGUAAAAUUACAAGAAUAUACUUUUGGCUAAACUCUAACUAUACGAAAAUAUCCAAAACUUUUACUAUGUAUGUGUAGAGAGCAGAUGAUGUAGGCGAUAUAUGAACCAGGAUUAAGAUCAUUUGUAUACAUCAAUUUCGGCAAAGCAACUAAAUGAGGCAAACCAAACAAACAAAAACACGAGAAAAACAAACGUAACUCUUUAUAAUCUAACUAUAAACAAAAAUACAAAGAAAUUAUUUAAGGCUACAAAAUUUACCCCAAAAAGGAAUGAAAAAUCCACAAAAAAAUUAAAGAAACGAUCCCAGUAAAUGGUAUACUUUUGCUUGAGCCAAGUCCAGUGCAAGAAUACUUGCUUUGAGCAAAGCAAAAAUUAAACUAAAUUAAAUUCAAAGCAAACCAAAAACGGUUAUAAAAUUGAAAAAAAACGACAUGGAAAACAUUUUGCUAAACGAAGAUAAACAUUUUCUAAAAGAAACUUGCGUACAUAAGCAAACUUUACAAAACAAACAUUUUAGGCUUAAACUUUUGGCUAACGAAAAAAAAAAAAAUUACAUAUAACAAAUAUUAGGCACAAGCAAAUCUCUAUGUACGUGCAACAUUUAAACAUAAAUAUUUAUUUAAAAAAAGGAAAAAGCAAAGAUACUUUUAUCUGUAAUCAGAUUUUAGGCCCAACUUUUCGACAAGAGGCGUAAAAUAAUUUCUUUGUAAAAUAUGUUUGCAAACAAAACAAAUCGAAAGAAAAAUCCCAGAGAGCGUAAUUAACUUAAUCUAAUGGUAAAAAAAAACACAAAUGUCGCCAUUUUGCAUUUAGAGCGUACAGUAAAGCACACAUAACGUCGACAAAUGAAACGUCACGAAAUCAAAUUAUUGUACAUAAAAUAAAUCAACCAACAAAAAUUGUGUAUUGUAUAUUCGUAAAUUUUCAAUACUGUUUAGUUACCCGUACCCUUGAGUUGUAUAAAUUAAAUAAUAAGAAAAUCCAUAAAACAAAAGUGAAACUAAACCUUUACAAAUAUAAUAAUGGUAACGAUACAAAAAAAGUGUGCACACGUACAAAACAAAAUUUAAGUUCAAUUUUAUGUGUAAAACUAGUGCACCGAACAUUUUGUAAGAGCUCGAUGUAAUUUUUGUUAUAUAUUUUUGUUAGUAAUUGUUUUUCUAUUAAUAUUUAGCGCGAAAUGUCAAGAUGCAAAAUAACACGAAAAAUCCCCCCCAACAAGCCAAUUGUACUUACGAUUACUUUUCAAUUUUAAUAUAAUUUUGUGACACUUUCAACAGAACCAAGUAGCCCUGUCCCCACUAUUAUGUUACUUUACCUAAGUUAUUUCAAAUAACUAUAAAAUAAUAAAUGUCGAAAAGCGAUAAACUGCAUGCACCAAUCCCAGAUUAAUUUUAAGAGCCAAAAGAAUGUAAUAUAUAUUUUUGUAUAAUUUGUAACAUGUUCUUUUCGAUCGCAACAAAUUGGCUUGUUCACACAUUUUUUCUAAUUUGUAACAAUUAUAUGAUAAAUCUAAAUUUAUAAUAUAUAAACACGUAAAUGCUAAAAACAAAAUGCAACUAAAUAAAUGUUAAACCCCAGAAAAAAAACACAAAA